AGGCCAGCGGGCGGGGACCAGGCUUUAGGGAGCGGUCCUGGUCUUUGAAGAGACUUGCUUGUCGGUCCAGACCCGCUGGGACCAUUCCCCACAGCAAAGAUGCUCCUGGGGGUUCCGAGAGGCCGCAAGAGCCAGUUUAAACAUAUCAUCCAUGGCCUUCUACCUGCAGCCAGCAUUGCACCGAAGCCAGCUGUGCCCCGCACACCUCCUCCCCGCAGCCCCAACCCCUCUCCAGAGAGAUCGAGGUCUGCUCUGGCUGCAGUCAUUCUAGCAACAACAUUGACUGGCCGGACUAUUGCCCUUCCUCAGCCACAACGGAUAUCCCAGUCUGAGAGUGACAUGACCCACCUUGAAAAUGACAGUUUCAUCACGCCCUAUGCCACCACCUCAGAGCUGAGGCAUCAACCAAAUUGGCAGAGUGAGACAGGAAGAAGUUCUUUGCCAUCCUUUGAAAUGCUGGGCUAUGGGGACGAAGAGGACACUGACUCGCACCUGUCAUCUAGCAACAAGGAGUCCUCGGAAGUCAGUGCUCAUAAGGAAGAGGGAAGAAUUGGCGAUGCUGUGUAUACCACGCCACACAGAAGUCAGCAAAAGGUUCCAUUGUCACAUGCGGUGGACAGUGAAGAUGAGGAAAAUAUUUCUGAGCAAGAUCCACCUCUUAUACCACAGCAUACACAAGAAAAAGAUGGUGAACAUUCUGUCCUGACUUUAAAGGAUGAAAAAACACCAUUAUGUGGAAAACCUCCACCCUCCCCAGAUAUAACUGGUAAAAAACGUCAACGAUGUAUAGAAAUAACCAAAGAAAAGUUUGAGGAAUUAAAAGAAGAAAAUUUGCAUCUGAACACAACAAACCAAACACUUACUCUUGAACUUAACAUAGUAAAACAAGCAAUGAAAGAACUACAAUUAAAAUUUAAGAGAAUAGUAAAAGAAAAUGGAAAGCUGAAAGAGGCUGAGAAGGCAUCCUCUAAGGAAGUUGCUGCACCUGAAUUACUUUAUCUAAGAAAACAAGCUCAAGAACUGGUGGAUGAAAAUGAUGGGUUGAAAAUGACUGUCCAUCGUUUGAAUGUAGAACUGAGCAGAUAUCAAACAAAAUUCAGGCAUUUAUCGAAGGAAGAGAGUAUAACUAUUGAAGGCCUACCAUCAAAGGGCCCUAUACCACCCUGGUUGUUGGAUGUAAAGUACCUGUCACCCUUGUUGCUGGCUUAUGAAGACCGAAUGAAAGAAAAAGACGAGCUCAUUUCCACCCUUCAGGAGGAAAUGAGAACGUUCAGGAUUCGCGUCCAAGAAGUAGUGAAAGAAAAUAAAGAAUUGCACCAACAGUUAAACCAGAAUGGUACUGUUACCAGUGAGGAAUGGCAUCGGCUUCAGACUCAGGCGGAAUUGGUUUUAGAGGAAAACAGGUUGUUGAUAGAGCAGUUGGAGAUUCAGCAAAGAAAAGUCAAGGACACCCACCAGGAGCGUCUCCAGGAAGUUUCUAAGCUGACUAAACAACUAAUGCUUCUGGAGACUAAAACGCAGAGCCAAGAAAAGGAGCUAACUAAAAGCAAGAAGCAACUGGAGAAUUUAUGUACCGAAUGCCAAGAACUGAAAACACAGUUGGAGGGCAAAAUAGCAAUGAAAGUUCAUACUUCAAUUGUAAAUGAAUUACAAAGCCGGUUGCAGAAGGAAGAUGAGAAAGAAAGUGCUGAAAUGGAAGAGUUGAUGGAAAAGUUGACGGUCCUGCAAGUGCAGAAGAAGAGUUUGCUGUUAGAGAAGAACAACUUGACAGCUAAAAACAAAACGCUGGAAGCUGAACUCGAAAGGGCACAGAAAAUAAAUAGGAGAUCUCAAAAAAAAAUUGACGUCCUCAAAAAACAGGUUGAAAAAGCCAUGGAGAAUGAAAUGUCUGCUCAUAAGUACCUGGCAAAUCUUGUUGGCCUGGCGGAGAAUAUCACUCAGGAACGUGACAAUCUUAUGUAUUUGGCCAAAUGUUUAGAAAAUGAGAAACAUGGAGUUCUCGACAAAAUUAUUAAAGGCAAUAUUCGCAUGGGAAGGUUAGAGGAAAAAGUCAAGGUAAGUGAUCAUUUAGCCUUAAAGAUUACUUUUUCAGAUGGGAACAGAGGCUUCCUGGGUACAGGUUUCCACAGCAGCACGUGGUUUUGCUGGCUGAAACGGCACCUCUCCAGAGGUAGCAUCUUUCCGCUCAUUGAAUAA